AUGGAAAAUAGUAACAGCAGCUUCUCAUGCGUGAUCAGUAGUGUGGUGUUCUUUUGGGUUGACACUCUAGUGUCCCUCCCCUUCGUGAGUCGGAACUCGCGCGAGUGGAUCACGUGCAGUAGCGUGAGCAGAACCAAUCCCGCCAAGACAUGGGCGACAGGGAACCGAGGUCGCGACGCACCGCCGGUGGUCACAAGAUGGCUGUGUUUGGUAUCUCCAGUUGUCCACCGCUCCGGUGCGAAUGCUAAGAUUGUUGCUGUUUGGCUCUCAGACAUCACGAGUACGUGGCUGUGGCGUGGGUCGCCUAUUGCGAAUCCAGCAGAAGACUGCUGCUCUCGCACGUUGGGCGGAAGUCUCCCCAACGGAAUCGAGAGAAUCCUGACCCAGUUACGACUGUUUGGACUCUUUUGGGGGAUUGGCCGGGGGCUCACAGACAACUCUAAUUUCGCGUUCCGAGAGCCGCCGCCGCUGCGCUAG